AUGCUUUGCAGCCACCAGUCUGGUCGUCCAUGUGAGUUCUUCUCCCCGUUUGUGGCGCCUGAGAAACGCGUUCACAUCACGCGACUUUUGAGAAUCUUUAGGAAGCAUUGCUUCCUUCGUUUCUCCCCUUCUUCCCCUUCUGCCCCUGCAUUUCCCCCUCCCGCCCUUCCCCCUUCCCCACCUCCCCCUCCUCCCCGCCCCUCCCAUCCCCAACCACCUCCCCUCCCCGCGCCCACUGUUCUCCGCUCAUCAGCCCCAAUCACCCCAGCGCACGCAAUUCAAGUUGAUCUGGCGAAAACCAAGUUACCUCUAUCUCCGUGGGAACAGGCUCGCGCGGCGAUCAACCUCGCGAAAUCCAAGCUACCCAAGUUACCACGAUCGUCGCCGUACGAGCGCGAGUGGGCGAAGUAUCGCCAGCGCGACGGGCUGCUUUCGCUGGACUAUGUGAAAUCGCUGCAGGCGAGUGCGAAUGCAGCCAAAAAGAAGAGCGGCAGCAGCGACGUCUUUAAAGUCGUUUUUUGUUCCAACACGCCCACGCCCCCCGCCCAGGAGGGAAAUCUCUUCGCCAACCCCAGCAUAGCGAACGGCACCACGGGCUGGCAGGGCUUUGGGUAUGCGCCUAUAAAAGCCGUGCUGAACGCUACAGCGCCCACGCCGUACUCGUACCUGGUGGCGUACAACCGCUCGUAUACGUAUGCGGGACCGAAGCAGAGCGUGCGGGACGUGCCUGCAGCGGCUUAUGAGCUGGCGAUCUGGGUGAAGCUGGAUGCGGGGGAGCGGCAGUACGUCACUGCAUCGGCCAAGAUCAACAACAAAUAUCUGUGCAUUGGAGGGGCGAACGCUCGGUCCACAUGCUGGACGAAAUUAACAGGGGGAUUUACCCUGCACGAGCCGGCCGCUGAGGUGGCAGUGUACGUGCAGGGCGCAGCGGUGGGGACUGAGAUCUGGGUGACGUCAGCAUCGCUGCUGAAAGUGGAUAUGAACAUAUGGCGAAGCCGACAGAAUGAGGAUAUUAAGAAGUACCGCAUGCGGCCUGUGCGGCUGUCCAUUCAAGGGCUUGGGCUCGGCCUGAUACCGGCACGUGUGCAGAUCGACCAGGUCUCUUCAGAUUUCCCCUUUGGCGCCAAUGUGAACGGCGCAAUUCUAUACGACACAGCUUACCAAGAGUGGUUUCUGAACAAGUUUAACUGGGCAGUGUUCAACAACGAGGGCAAGUGGUAUUUCAACGAGCGGAGGGAGGGAGCAGAGGACUACAAUGUGACGGAUGCGCUGGUAGAUUGGUUCACGCAGAGGAACGUGAGCGUACGGGCACACAACAUCUUCUGGGCCGUGGAGAAGUUUGUCCAGACGUGGGUCAAGAAUCUAAAUGAUACUGCUCUAUGGGCAGCAAUGCAAAGGCGCAUGAACAGUGCAGUGACGCGAUACACGGGCAAGGUGCAGCACUGGGAUGUCAUCAACGAGCCUCUGCAUGGCAACUACUACGGGCAGCGGUUGGGAGAGGAAAUUCACUCGUGGAUGUUCAAGGCUGCGCGGGCGAUUGAUCCGAAUGUGCGGCUAUUUUUGAAUGAUUAUAACACGGUGGAGCAGUGUGACCGAGGGGCCAACCCAGAGGUGUACCUCGAGAAGGUGUGGAAUCUCAAUGCAACUGGGGCGCCAGUGACGGGCAUAGGCGUGGAGGCGCAUUACAGUGGGGAGCCGCAGCUGGUCCGCUUGAAGCACGAUUUGAACCGGCUAGCCAUGGCCAAACUCCCCAUCUGGCUGACCGAACUCGAUUUCAGCGAGGUGGAGUCUGAUGAACAGAGAGCCGACUAUCUCGAGGCGGUGAUGCGAGAGGCCUUCUCGCAUCCCUCGGUGGCGGGCAUGGUGCUGUGGUCAGCUGGGCGAUCCACGUGCGAGUUCUAUAAAGACAUUGAUUCGGGCAUGUGCAACGGGUGUGAUGCCUGUCUGGCCGAUUCGAGCUUCACAGAUAACGAGGCGGGGAAAAGAUACCAGGCCCUCAGAGCUGAGUGGAGCACCCAUUUUUCAAGGCGAUCCCGGCUGAACUCGCCCCUCUCCUUCACAGCAUUCCACGGCAGGUAUCGGGUGAGAGUGUCUUUCAGGGGCCAGCAGGUGGAGCGGUUCUUUGAUGUGCCCAAGGGUGCUGGCAGGUUGAACGUUGCCGUCCAGUUGUGA